AUGGCACCGCCUCCUGAUCUGAACGUCGGCGUGCCCGACCUGGAGUACUUCACGCCCCAGCACGUCACCUCUCCAGGCACACCCGCAGCUUCAUCGUCCACCAAGACGCCAAAACUGUUCCAACCGCUCACCAUCCGCGGCACCACCCUCCGCAACCGCAUCCUCGUCGCCCCCAUGUGCCAGUACAGCACCGCAUCCCACGGGAACGCAACUGGCGCCUUGACAGACUACCACAUCGCAACCCUCGGCCACUACGCCCUGAAAGGCGCAGCCCUCGUGAUGAUCGAAGCCUCCGGCGUCCAGCCAAACGGGAGAAUAUCACCCAACUGCCCCGGGAUAUGGAGCGAUGCGCAGAUCCCAGCAUUGAGACGCGUGAGCGACUUCAUCAAGUCCCAGGGCGCGCUGAGCGCGAUCCAACUCGCCCACGCCGGCCGCAAGGCGAGCACAUGCGCGCCCUGGAUCGCGGGGGCGCAGCGCACCAGCGGCGGGAAGAGGAAGGUGAGCGUGCGCGCGAGCGAGGCCGCGGGGGGCUGGCCGGGGAACGUAGUCGGGCCCAUGGGCGGCGAGGAGUGGACGUGGGACGAGAGGAGGCUCGACGAUGACGCGGGCGGGUACUGGGCGCCGCGGGCGCUGAGCGAGAAGGAGAUUGGCGAGCUGGUGCGGGAUUGGGCCAGUGCGGCGCAGCGCAGCGUCAAGGCUGGUGUGGAUGUUAUUGAAAUCCACGCCGCGCAUGGGUAUCUCAUCCAUCAGUUCCUCAGCCCGAUUACGAAUCAGAGGACGGAUGCGUAUGGCGGCAGCUUUGAGAACAGGAGCAGGUUGCUGCUGGAGAUUAUCCAGGCCAUCCGCUCUGUCAUCCCGGAGUCGAUGCCGCUGUACCUCCGCAUCAGCGCGACCGAGUGGAUGGAGGAGACGGACCUGGGCAAGAAGCACGGCAGCUGGGACGUGUUGAGCUCGAUCCGUCUAGCAAAGAUCGUCGCGCGCAUGGGCGUAGAUCUCCUCGACGUCAGCAGCGGAGGAAACGUCGUGCACCAGAAGCUCAACCCGUUCGACACCAAAGACUACCAGACACGAAUCGCCGCACGCAUCAGGGACGAAGUCAAAAAGGACGGCGGCAAUCUCUUCAUCGGCGCAGUCGGCCUGAUCACCGAAGCCGAGCAGGCGCGCGACAUUGUCGAAGAAGGCGGCGCCCCGGCCCAGCAGACACAAAUCGCAAACGAAGCACACACCGCAGUAGCCAUGCUGGAGCCCCGAAACGGAACCGAACCCCAGGCCGACGUCAUCCUGGUCGCGAGACAGUUCAUGCGCGAGCCCGAGUGGGUGCUCCGUGUCGCACACCAGUUGGGCGUUGAAGUCGCGUGGCCGAAUCAGUUCCUGCGCGUGCGCUUCCCCAAGUUGUAG